CGGCGGGGGCGGCGCGGCCGCAGUGAGCCCGGCGGGGCGCGGAGCGGGGAGCGGCGGGCCGAUGGCGUUCAGCGCCUGGCAGAUCCUCUCGCCGGUGCAAUGGGCCCGGUGGACCUGGUCGGCGGUGCGGGGCGGUGGCAGCCCCGAGGGGGAGGACGGUGGGGCGGCGGAGGAGGAGGAGGAGGAGGAAGAAGAGGACUUACCGGCGGAGGGCACGGCCCUUGGCUUCAGCUCGGACUCCGAAGGUAAUUUUGAGACCCCUGAAGCAGAAACACCGACCCGCUCGCCGCUAAAGGAGUUCUGCGAGCCGCCGCCGGGACCGCCGGAGCCCGAGGCCGAGGCGCAAGAGCCUAGUGGCCAUGGUGACCUGCUGGUAGGGGAAGCCCGCCGGGACAGCUCGCCUGGGAAGCACCCCAAAGAUGAGGCUCAGCCGGAGAUCGGAGCCACCAAAGCCGCCUCGGAUCCUAAAGGGGAAUCCACCCCCGAAGACUCGCCCCUGACACAGCCGCCGGCUGACACGCAGCCCCCAGCUGCGCUGGGAAGCGGGGCUGACGCUGGCUGCGCCGCCGUGCCCGCUGCAGAGCUGGCCCCGGUGCCCGAUGCGAGCAGAGCCGCCCGGGAGCGGGUCAUGUCAGGAGAGGACCUGGCAGAUGCUGGCAUGGGGCUGGCGGAGCCGAAGGCCGAUGCCGUGGCCCAGGAGUGCUCGCCCAGCUGGGGCCAGCUCGGGAACGGGAAAACACCUUCGCUGGGGAGGAAAACAGGAGAAACCACAGAGGAGACCCCGGUCCCCCAAGCAUCCUACCAGUUCGACCCGGAGCAGUAUGAUGAGAGCGUAAACCCCUUUGCGGCAGGGGGCUGCCGGCUGCAGAGCUCCCCGCCGACAGCCCCGCACUGCCUCCCCCAUCCCGGCGGCAGCCCCGCCGAGCUGCAGGGGGACCCAGCCCCGGAGCCCAAAGAGCAAGUCCUGAAACCCGAGGUCGAUUGUGCGGAAGGGGGAGAGAGCGCGGAGGCCAGGAGGGCUGCUCCCAGGAAGGGCAGCAGGAUCCCAGCCAGCAAGCUGAUGCCGAAGAGACACCGAGACCCGCCCAAGAAAGCAGCCGAGGAUGCAGAGAGGGGUCCCACGGAGCCGCUGCCUCCCCAGGGCUCCCCCAGGCGGGGUCCCGCGCUCUGGGACAGCCCAGGUCUCAACCCCUUUGGUGGCAGCUCAGCACUGCAAAACUCGCCGACCCUCCCCAAGGGCUCUUACCAGUUUGAUCCCAAUAACUUUGACUCCUUGGAUCCGUUUAAGCCCACCAAGACCCUCGCCAACACCACCGCCAACUCCUGCCCCACUGCCGAUAACAGCCUCAAUGAAAUCCUCGAGUCCCAGACGCUGGAAGUGCAGGACGAUCUCAUGAAAGGCAGAGACUCCCCACAGAAGCCCAAGUCGCGCCUGAUAACGACUACUGAACAAGUGAAAUUUCUCUGUUUUCUGUUGAGCGGCUGCAAGGUGAAGCAAUACGAGACGCAGUCCCUGGCCCUGGACGUUUGCGCUCAGGAUGAAGGACCGUUGAUCUCAGAAAUCCCAGAUAUUGCAAAUCGGGAUGGACGUGCCACUGAUGAGGAGAAGCUGGCCUCCACCACCUCUGCGCAGAAACCGGCCGGGCUGGAGAAGAAGGGCGAGCCAGAAGAUGACCUGGAGUACUUUGAGUGCUCAAACGUUCCUGUGUCAGCAGCAAAGCAUGGCAUGGAGGCAGGCUUUGAAAAGGAGAUUUCCAAGCAGAUGGAAAAGGAUGGGCCUGGCAUCUUCCCUGGCAACCCCGGUCUGUGCUGCAUGGACAAGUCACCCACGGGUCUCACCAGCAUGAGCAGGAGCGAGAGUCCCCUGGACAGCAUCUGCCUCAGUGAAUCCGAGAAGACGGCUGUGCUUACGCUCAUCAGGGAGGAGAUAAUCACAAAGGAGAUUGAAGCAAACGAGUGGAAGAAGAAAUAUGAAGAGAGCCGCCAGGAAGUCUUAGAGAUGAGGAAAAUCGUGGCUGAGUAUGAGAAGACCAUUGCCCAGAUGAUAGAGGAUGAGCAGAGGACAAACAUGACGUCUCAGAAGAACCUGCAGCAGCUCACAAUGGAAAAGGACCAGGCUCUUGCAGACCUAAACUCAGUGGAGAGGUCCCUGUCUGAUCUCUUCAGGAGAUAUGAAAACCUGAAGGGUGUCCUAGAAGGCUUUAAGAAGAAUGAAGAAGCUCUGAAGAAGUGUGCUCAAGAUUAUUUAACCCGGGUCAAGCAAGAAGAGCAGCGGUAUCAGGCCCUGAAAGUCCAUGCAGAGGAAAAAUUAGACAAAGCCAACGAGGAGAUCGCCCAGGUGCGCAUGAAGGCCAAAGCGGAGAGCGCGGCGCUGCACGCCGGGCUGCGCAAGGAGCAGAUGAAGGUGGAGUCCCUGGAGAGAGCCCUCCAGCAGAAGAACCAGGAGAUUGAGGAGCUGACCAAGAUCUGUGAUGAGCUGAUAGCGAAGCUGGGAAAAACCGACUGAGUCUCACCGCCCCUCGUCCAGCACUCUGCACUUGGCCGCUUUUCUCGUAACGUCAAGCACCUUGCCUUAUUACCCAGGAAACCCCCCCGCAGAGAAGCACACGCAUCCAGCUGCCUGCUCCGCUUGGCUGCCGGACCCCGAGGCCCCCCGUGCAGAGCCGGUCCCCGCACCGUCCCUGUUUCCCACGGGCUCUGAGGCCGGGUUCCCCACGAUCAGGCUGGGCGUGCGUGUCCUUCCUGGGGUCGGCAGCGAGCGGCCGCUGCGCCAUGCGUCUGCACGGAUGCCACCUCUCAGCUGGGAGGUGACACCCCGGCCUCUGUCGCCCUCGGCCAGGGUGGCUCUAGUCGUGCCCCUACGUGCUCUGUCACCGUCUUCAUGUGCUCCAUUGCACAGGUCCUGCCUGGGACGUGGGUGAUGCCAGGGUUGGAGCUGCCUGUUAUCGCACUGGGGAAGGGGACCUUGCACGUGGGUGCACGGGUGGGCAGGCAGCAAAGGGGCUGGGGGACCCCAGGCACCCACUGCAGAUGCUUUGGGGCCACCAGCGUGGAGCCCCUGGCUGAAGCAGCCUCCCAGUAGAUUGAUUGGUUUGGGGGAGGUUUUGGUAUUCAAGGGGCUGGUCCCGGUCUCUGGUCCAUGGGUGAUACACAGCACAGGGCAUCCUCAUCCUUGGUCGUGCCGCCCUCAGAGGAAGGAAGCCGACGCCUCUGCAUUCGUGCACUUUAUUAGCAUUUAUGAGCUCUCAAGCUCUCCACUCACUUCUCCCCAUCGGGCACGGUCUUGCUACACAUCUCAUUCCCCCACGAGCACGGAUACGGCCACUUAACCAGUAGUAACUUAAGUCCUCUCAAAGGAGAGCCCAGCCAAGGGGAGUGCAGGAAGCUUCUGUACCAAGAGGUGUUUGCGAAACGGGGGAGAUGUUGGCUCUGGACAGCUGGGACUUGUCCGUCCGUCCGUCCUCCCCGUGGCUGCCCUGCCCGCAGCCCUAGCACCUCCUGAGGCUUGUUAACGUGGGGUUUCUAGUCUGCUUUAAGAUGUACAAGCCAAGUCCCUUGCUGUUGGCUCCCCACGCCAUAGUGACGUUGGUUCUCCACUUUGGAUGUUGCACGAGGAAGGAAACAAAUCCUGAACUACUUGGUGGUUCUGCUGACCUAAGGCUCUUUUCCCCAGCCAGUACAGAAAGGCAAGGAGGAGCACGGUACUGCUCUGGGUCUUGUGCUGCGGUCAAAAAUGCCCUUACAGCACUUGAAUAUUAAGAGAACCAAAUAAAAGCCAGCCUUUACAAGCAAAGGCAGAUCCAGACAGCAGUAAAACACACUUUGAAAUCUGUCUGGAUGCAGCCCAAAAUCUGACUUUCCAUGCAGGCAGGCUGUCUGCUCUGCUUCAGAGGUGUUUACUUUUCUGGACACGCCAGGCUCCAGCAGAAUUGCUGAGGUUGCCUCUGCACUGUGCUGGGAACCGGGGUGUUCUGGUGUCAAACGGUGUGUUUUAAUCCAUGUGUAGAUCCCGUGCUUGCCCUCCUGGCACCGCCGUUGCACGAGCCAGCCUUGCCUGGUGAGUUUUGCUGCUGUGCAGCGCCGCGUUUCCCUGGCCGCAGUGCCCUGGGUGCAGCGCGCAGCGUCCACGAGCAGUAACCGGUGGCGUGCCCGUGCCGCGGGCUGGGGUGUGCCGUGGGUGCUCCCCCCGGGGUCAGCGCAGAACCGUCCGUGCUAUGGAAGGCAGAUUGAUGGAACUGGGCAAUAGCUGUAGCGAUGGAAGAGUCUCUACUCUCACCUUUAACAGAUAGUUGUAAAGCAUCACGUAAGGGAAAUAUUUGCUCUUUGGACUGUUUCCUACCCAGCCUAUCCAAGACUUUCGUAAACCUUUUUGCUGCUAUCUUUUUGUAAAAGAAUAUUGCUGUUUUCCUUCUAUUUUCUAACUCCCUGUGUUGAGCAUGCAGUGCAAACAUCUGUUUAAAUCAGAGCCAUAUACCUGAUAUAUAUUUUAUUAGUUAUAUUAUGUAUAGAGAGAAUUUAUUAUACACUUAAGCAGACAAAGAUGCCAGGAGCCUGCCCUAGCGCGCAGUCUGGGCCUGUUCACCGUGCUCCCAGUUAGGCCAGUGAACAGUCUGGUAGCUGCGCGGUGGGGAAGCCGAUGGCUGAUUCUGCUUGGGCUGCACGCCUGCGGCCGUGUGCUGCAUAUUCACCCCUUCGCACAGCGGGCAGAAAGGAAAAACUUUUUUCUUCCUUUUUCUUUUUUUCUUUGCAUCCCUCUAACGGGCUGGUAGAAGAGCCUCUGUCAGAUGAUCUGCGAGGACUGUUUCUGUUUGGGGGGUCCAAAUGCCAGCCCCAGCCCACCGGAGCGUGACUCCCCUUCCCUCCAUGCCGUCAGCGUUUGGGUUUUGCAGACUAGCACCGCUCUCCUCCUCUUCUCACGUGUGUCCCGUUCCAAAACAGCUUACCUGCCUGGAUGCGAGCGGCCCUUUCUAGGCGGUGGUUAGCAGGGCUUUGGCAGGGUGGUGGUGACAGCAGGGAGUGACCCAUGGAAGGUGCUGCACCUUUGGACCUUCUGAGGGGGUGUGCGGUUAAAUUAGAACCCUUGAGACCCAGGGAUUUCUUAGGGAACUGGGUUUUUCUCUGCGGCUGUUCAGGAAUCGAAGGGGGCCGGUCAGCAGAGCAGCGCUGCACAGGUUGCUGGAGCUCGUAGACGUCGACGCGGGGCUAGUUUCUGGUUCGGCACACAGGUGUUUGUCGUGCUCGUAGCAGCGCCCGAGGCCCCAGCAGGAGGCUGCUCCGGGGUAGGGUCCGCAGGUCGUGGGCAGCCCUGUGCUCUGCGGGGGGGACGCGCUGCCCAGCCUGCUGGCUUUACACCAGGAAUAAAUGCCCCAGGGCACCUGUGCGAACGUGUUACUUCCCGCUUUGCCUGAAGGGACGAAAUCAGUUUUCUGUGUUCGCUGCGGCGGGGCGGGGGAUGAUAACCCGUGCCUCGGUCAGGUUUGCUCAUUCGGGGGGUCAGCUCCGAGGAGAACUGCAACCAGUUUGGCACGUUGGGCUCACUGGGAGCCUGACCCGAGAGUGUUUGAGCUUGGUCUCUCUUCAGGGGAGUUGUUCUGGCUCCAGAGGGGGCAGAUCCUUGCAGAAGUGUUUUUCACUGCUCUCAGCCCUGACGCAGAACCCCAGCCUGCAUACGGCACGGUCGGUGCCGCAGCCCUCCCUCUCCGGCACAGAGGCGCUGCCUGGAGGGCCGGGCUGGCUGCGGAGAGCGGCUCCUGCGGCAAUAAUCCGCUCUGGCAGCAUCCUCCCCGUCUCCGCUCCCUGGCGUCUCCUGGACCCACUUUCGCUGCCUCUCCGACCCCAGCGCUGCCGCGUUCCCGUGCCUGUCCGCAUGCACUUCCAGUCUGGGCAAAGAAGAUUCCUAAGGAAUGAUUGAUUAACUAUAAUAUGGUUAUAGUUACACAUAUAUAAAUAUGUAUAUAAUGGUUAUAGUUAUAUAUAAUAGAAGGCAUGUGUUUGUAACUGAACGGGCGGGACUGCAGCGCCGUGGGUGCCGCUCCCUCGCUGGCCGACGGCACGGGGGCAGAGCGGGAGCCGGCCGCAGGCGGGGUGCGCGGCACCUGCCUCGUGCGUCCCGUAAAGCAAAGGGCCUUCGAACGCCGCCCCGCUGUGCCACCCGAGACACGUCCCCAGCGCAGGGAGACCGCCGAGCGCCGCGCGUCGGGAUCGCAGCCUGGUUGUGUUUGUCGUCUUUUUCUUGCAGUAGAAUUUAAAUAUCCCUUUCUGACGGCGGCGGGCGCCUGCCCGCGAGCCCCCAGUGUUGCUGUUUGCGAGUGUGCGUUUGCCAGCAGAUCUCUGUCGACAACGAAGUGCCAAUGAGUAACCGCCCAUCGCUUCACCCGUCCCUCCAGCGUGCCCCCCCCCCGAGGCAGGAACUUUCUCUGCACUGACUACUACCCCCACCGCUUUGUCCCACGUACGUAACUGCCGUCACCAUCGAUUUUAUAUGUACGAUAAUUUCCCUUUUAUAUGUCAGGUAAAUAUUUGUAAGAGUUAUACUCACACAAAUGAGAUUAUUAUAAUGAUUACUAAUAUAUUUUUUUUUUCAUGUUUCAUUGCCCGAAUAAAAAUUGUGUUUAUCACUCUUGAAA